AGAACCGAGUUGUGGGACUGUUGGGUAUGUGACACUGUAUCCAAAAGACGUUCGUCCGGAUUUCCAACACUUCAUACAACUUUUUUAGUGAAUUCGGAUAACUUCAUCUCGAUCAAUCGCCAAAAUGCCGAAGACGACAGUUACCGGUAAAUCUCUCGACGAUCUUAAGAAGAAGAUUGGCGCUGCAUCAAAACCCAAAACCGAAGAGAUCACAGUCGAAUCGUCCAAAUCUGCGAGUUUAGAGAGGAGCUUGUUUCAAGGAUUUGACGCUCUGACCGCCCUGUAUAUUAGUGGAAAUGACAUUGGAGAGAUAAAAAACAAUUGCUUUGAAGGAUUGACGAAUUUGAAGUAUCUUUACUUGAACAAUAACAAUAUUAAGAGCUUGGGCAUCGAGUGUUUCAAAGGUUGUAUGAGAAUGAACGAGCUGGAUUUGUCUGGUAAUCAACUGACCAAGAUCCAAGCGGGUUGCUUCACAGAGUUCGCGAUGACAACAACGUGCGCCACCCUCAAUCUUUCCAAUAACCAAAUCGACACAAUCGAAGUCGGCGCUUUCAAGUCCUUAACUGUUUUGUACGGCACCUUAGAUAUGAGUCACAACCGAUUAACGAAGAUCGCCACCGACAUGUUCCAUAAUCUUCUAAUCGAAAAGUUCGAUUUGUCGAACAACAAAAUUGACACAAUCGAAGAGAAUGGGUUGUUCGGCAGCAACUUUAAGUUUCUUCAUCUAGAAAACAACGGACUAGUCAACGUCCAUCCGGAAGCUUUCCAUCGCUGCGAAAUUCAAUCGGAAUUACAUCUUGAGUUGAACAAACUUUCAAACUACUCGACAAUAUUCAAAAGUUUAAAGAACCUAAAGGAACUCUACCUCGACGAUAACGGUAUAACCGAGCUACCCGCUGAUGGAUUUCUCGGACUAAACAACCUGGACACCCUUUAUUUAAACAAAAACGACUGCAUACUUACCAAGGACGCAUUUAUGGGCUUGCCUAAUUUGGAAACCCUUCACUUGGAAGAAAAUGGCCUUAGCACGAUCAAACCUGGGACGUUCAACCGACUGCAAAACUUGCGCAAUCUAAAUUUAAGCUACAACAACUUCACUGAUCUAGCACCGAACACCUUUUGGCAGGCAAGCAACGAGGACGAAAAGACGUACCUGUUCACGCUAUCGUUACACCACAACGACAUAAGCAAGAUCACCCCAGGCGCAUUCGGUGGUAUCGAUCGCAUAGAAGACCUCCAACUGUACGGAAACAAGAUUAAGGCAUUCGUUCCGGGUGCCUGGAAGGAUCUCAGCUAUGUCGGCUGCAUCCAGCUGCAAAAUAACGACAUUUCCGAUAAGGCAAUUCUACACCAGCUAUCGCCGUGUCGGCAGGUGAAGCUCGGUGGCAACCAGAUCGAGAUCAACGUCUCCAGUCUGUAUCCCAAUGACCUGAAAUUGAAAGACAUUGAGAUGAUUAGCUUCAACUACUGCUGCUACCGGCUUGAGAACGGCAAAUGGAAAUUCGACGAUAGAUUUCAAGAGUCCGUCAUCAUACCGAAAUAACCGUUAGGGAUUAGUGCGUAGGAAACCAUAAAAAUUCCCUCCAAAAUUCCGGAACGUUGCAAAAUAUUUGCGUUUCAUUUUUGUGGACAGUUUGUAUGUUAGGGAAACGGAAAGGUUGAAGGUUGAACUAAAGACACACAAAGCAGUAUUGUUGAUCGCACAGUGUAAAUUUACUAAUCUGUAUAUAAUUUAUCGCGCUUUUACUAAUAGUCAUUGUUUUUGAACGUACUUUUGUUAUUAUGACACUAAACGCCUUAAUAUGUAGGAAUGGAUGUAACAUACUAGCGGAGCGGCUAGGAAUCAGUAAAUAAAUGUGCAAAAAAGGUUUUCUUGUCGAAGA